UCUCCAAGAUGAACACAAAAUGGAAAUUACGGAGACACUAACUGAAGAUACAUCUUACGAAGGAAAUUUUAUGAGUGAACACUCAUAUGCUAUGAACGAAGGAAAAACAUUAAAUAGAUACAUGACACUUGCGACUCGACAAAAACCUUACAAUUGUAAAAUAUGUUUUAAACAAUUUAGUGAUUCACGUAAUAACACAUUUAAGAGUGCACACUGGAGAAAAACCUCACAAGUGUGAAAUUUGUUUAAAAGAGUUUGUUCAAGCAAGUGAUUUGAAACUACAUAUGAGAACGCAUACAGGAGAAAAACCUUAUAAGUGUGAAAUUUGUUUUAAGCGGUUUUCUCAGGCAGGUUCUUUGAGAACACAUUUGAGAGUGCACACUGGAGAAAAACCAUACAAGUGUGAGAUUUGUUUAAAGCAGUUUAGUGACGCAAGUGAUUUGAAAAAACAUAUGAGAACACAUACAGGAGAAAAACCUUACAAGUGUGAAAUUUGUUUUAAGCAGUUUACUAUAACAGGUAAUUUGAAAUCACAUUUGAGAGUGCACACUGGAGAAAAAUCGUAUGAGUGUGAGAUUUGUUUAAAGCAGUUUAGUGAAGCAAGUAAUUUAAAAAGGCAUUUGAGAGUGCACACUGGAGAAAAAUCUUACAAGUGUGAAAUUUGUUUUAAGCAAUUUAGUGAAGCAGGAAAUUUGAACAUGCACGUACGAACACACACUGGAGAAAAAUCUUACAAGUGUGAAAUUUGUUUUAAGCAAUUUAAUCAAGCAAGUAAUUUGAAAACACAUUUGAGAGUGCACACUGGAAAAAAACCUUACCAGUGUGAAAUUUGUUUUAAGCAGUUUAGUGAUUCACGUAAAUUGAAAACACAUUUGAGAGUGCACACUCGAGAAAAAGUUCACAAGUGUGAAAUUUGUUUUAAACAAUUUAUUACUACAAGUGGUUUGAAAAAUCAUUUGAUUAUGCAUACAGGAGAAAGACCUUAUCAGUGUGAUAUUUGUUUUAAGCAGUUUAAUCGAGCAAGUAAUUUGAAAGUACAUUUGAGAACGCACACUGGAGAAAAAUCUCCAUCAUCAUCAUCCAAUCUUCUGCAUCCAAAGUUAAACAUAGGUCUCCCCUAAUUUCUUCCAGUUCUGUGGAUCUUGGACUUCCUGCAACCAAUUCCCAGCAACCCUUUUGACGUCGUCUGUCCAUCGUGUAGGUGGACUACAUCAACUACUUCAGUCUGUUCGUGGUCUCCACACUGUAAUUUUUUGGGUCCACCUCCCAUCCUUCAUUCCCAUGGCCCAUGGGAAUCCAUGCUUCCAUGCAAUCAAUUCACAUCAACCAUUUUGACGUCGUCUGUCCAUCGUGUAGGUGGUCUACCUCUACUUUUUCUGUCUGCUCAUGGUCUCCACACUGUAAUUUUUUGGGUCCACCUGCCGUUCUUCAUUCACCAUGACCCGCCCAUUUCCACUUCAACCAUGCUAAUAUUCGCUCUAUGACCUCUGUGACGCCUGUUCUGAUUUCCUCGUUUCUAAACCUGCCUCUGAGAGUCGGUAGUGACCGUUCCAUUUGUUUGGGCAACUCUAAGUUUGUGGCCUGGGUUAACGAUAGUGUUUCGUGUUUCGGCGCCGUAAGUCAUGACUGGAAGCACACACUGGUCGAACGUCUACUUUUUCAGAUAGUUCAGCAUGUUGCUCUAGAAUAUGUCAUAUGUCUGAUAGAGCUCCAUAUGCGGCCCCAUGCUAAGGUGAUUCUUCUUUGGAAUUCGGCAGUUUGAUUGUCCCUGGCAAUUUAAAUUUCAUGCCCUAAGUAUUUAUAUUUAUGGAUCAAUGCUAUUUCGUUGAAGCCGACUUUUGGAUUUUCGCUUGGUACCAGGUUUUUCACGUAUUGGGUCUUUCCAAAAUUUAUGUUUAAAACCAACUUUCUUACAAUCGGCAUCAAACUCAGUAAGCAUAAUUCUAAUCUAUUUUAGGUUGUCUGUUAUACGAACUAUGUCGUCUGCGAAUCAUAAGUGGGAACGCCUUUUGUCGUCAACAUUGAUUCCUUUACCUUUGGUGCCCCAUUCCAAUUGUUUGAAAGCAUGUUCAAGUAUUGCCGUAAAGAGUUUGGGAGACAACGUGUCUCCCUGUCUAAUUCCUCUUUUGAUAUGUAUAGAUUUGGUAUCUUUGUGUAGUCGGACGGUCAUGGUUGCAUUAUUGAAUAUUAUGUUCGUUAUCAGUUUGGAGUACCGAUAAUAUAUACAACUUUCCUCCAACGUUCUCAUUACGCUGUCAAUUUCUAUCGUAUCAAAAUGCUUUGCGAAAGUCUAAGAAAGCCAGGACCAAUGGCCAGUUGUAUUCGGUGGAUUGUUCUAUAAUCCCUUUCAUGCAAUGGAUGUGGUCGUUAGUGCCAAAGUUUUUCCUAAAACCUGCCCGUUCUCUAAGUUGGUAAAAAUUUGGUAAGCUCAAAAAGUUGCUAAUUUUGUUUCCAGUCUAUUUAUAAUUCUUGUGAAUAACUUGUAGAGGUGGUUUAAUAGGCUUAUGGGUCGCUAAUUCUCGAGCUCUGUUGGAUGGCCUUUUGUGUAAUAAGAUGGUAAGUGCACUGUGCCAUCUUGUAGGUGUUUCAGUCUGAUGCAAACAUAAGUUGAACAGUAAGAAAAUAAAGUACGUAGGUAAUUGUCAAAGUUGUGGAUACACUGUCGCAUGGAAAAUUAAUCCAAGGAAACGAUAGAGUUUUUACUAAAAAUACCUAUAGUGUUUAAAAAUGUUUUGUAAAAUUGUACUCAAAAUUAAUUAAAUAAAUAUAUAAUCCGAAAUUGGAAUGAGUUGUCACGAUGAAUAAAUCAAUGAUUUGAAGUAA